AUGAAAGAUUCCCACUUCCUUUCUUUUCUUCCGACCAAUAUUUUGUUAGCGUUUCACCUCUCUGUUCAUAAUUAUCUAUCUUUUUAUCUCUGUCUAUCCUUAUCUAUCUAUCUAUCUAUCUAUCUAUCUAUCUAUCUAUCUAUCUAUCUAUCUAUCUAUCUAUCUCAGUUUGUUCAUAUCUAUCUUUGUAUAUCUGUCUGUUUGUAUCUAUCUAUAUAUUGGACAAUCGAUCGAAGUAUCGAUCAGGUUUCUUAUUCUCAAUGUUUAUUUUAUAUCACGUAUCUAUAUCUCAUCCCAUCAAAUCAUGUUGACCUAGCCGUCUCUCUUGACUUAUUUAUGGAUAUCCGACUCCAGAUAUGUCGGUCUUUGAUUUAUCCACCUCAAUAUCUAUCUAUCUAUCUAUCUAUCUAUCUAUCUAUCUAUCUCUCUAUCUCUCUCUCUCUCUCUAUAUAUAUAUAUAUAUAUAUAUAUUAUCUUUUCUUCGUCUGUAAUGUAACAUGUAUAAAUGAUUGCUGCCUAAAUACACAAUAUACAUCUAUCUAUCUAUCUAUCUAUCUAUCUAUCUAUCUAUCUAUCUAUCUAUCUAUCUCAAUAAGUAAAUUUAUUUUUUCAUUUUUUUGUCUUCUUUCAACUUUUCUUCCUCUUUCUGUUUUAUCUCUUUUUUCUUGUUUUUACAUUCAUCUUUUUCUUAUUGAUUCUUAA